AUGGAUGAAGCCAAUCAUUGUGUGUCUGAGUUUGUGUUCCUGGGACUCUCCAAUUCAUGGGAGACUGAACUCCUGCUCUUCCUCCUUUCCUCUGUAUUCUAUGUGGCAAGCCUGAUGGGAAACCUCCUCAUUGUGCUAACUGUGACCACUGAUCCUCAUUUACAGUCCCCCAUGUACUUUCUGCUGGCCAACCUUUCCAUCAUCGACUUGAUAUUUUGUUCUUCUACAGCCCAGAUGAUUUACGAUCUUUUCAGGAAUCAUAAAGCCAUCUCUUUUGGGGGCUGUAUAGUUCAGAUCGUCUUUAUCCAUGCAGUUGGGGGCACUGAGAUGCUGCUGCUCAUCACCAUGUCCUUUGACAGGUAUGUGGUCAUCUGUAAGCCUCUCCACUACCUGACCAUCAUGAGUCCAAGAAGGUGCAUUUUACUUCUCAUUGUUUCCUGGAUUAUUGGCCUUAUUCUCUCUGUGACUCAGUUGACUUUUGUUAUUGACUUGCCUUUCUGUGGUCCCAAUGAAUUAGACAGUUUUUUUUGUGAUCUUCCUCGGUUUAUCAAGCUUGCCUGCAUAGAGACUUACACUUUGGGAUUCAUGGUUACUGCCAAUAGUGGCUUUGUUUCUGUGGCCUCCUUUUUAAUUCUGAUCAUCUCUUACAUGUUUAUUUUGGUGACUGUACAGAAAAUAUCUUUGGGCAGUAUAUCCAAGGCCCUGUCCACUCUGUCAGCUCACGUCACUGUGGUGGUCUUGCUCUUUGGGCCAUUAAUCUUUUUCUAUGUGUGGCCAUUUCCCACAGCACAUCUGGAUAAAUUCCUUGCCAUCUUUGAUGCAGUUAUCACUCCUUUUCUAAAUCCAGUCAUCUAUACUUUUAGGAAUUAAGAGAUGCAGGUGGCCAUGAAGAGACUAUGCACUCAAUUUGUGACUUAUAAUAAAAUCUUUUAA